GCCCGUUCAGCUUUUAGGGAUUGAUUUUGAGCCUUGUUCCUCUUUGCAUUGUUGCGUGCUGAAAUCUUCUCUCUCGUCUCCUCGUCAGCGAAUCGGUGAAGUUGUAAUUUAUCUCCUCCUCGUUUGUUAAAUUUGUGGAGAUGGCUGCUGCAUCUAGAGCCAAAUACAUUAUAGGUGCUGUUGUCGGAUCUUUUGGGAUAGCUUACAUAUGUGACAAGCUUAUUUCUGAUGACAAGAUAUUUGGAGGAACUACGCCGGGAACUGUAGCUAACAAGGAAUGGUGGGCGGCGACUGAUGAGAAAUUCCAAGCCUGGCCCAGAACCGCCGGUCCUCCAGUCGUCAUGAACCCGGUCAGCCGCCAGAACUUCAUCGUCAAAUCCUGUUCCGAAUAAAGACAAGACACAAGUGUGUUUUCUUCCCCUUGAGCGGUUCUGUAUGUUGUGAUAUCUUUCUAAACAAUGUUCUUGGUUCUGCUGUGGUGGUUUUGAGUCUGUGCUACUUUUUUAUUUGACAGAGUUUUUGUUCAACAAUUUCAGCUUCCCUAGCUGGUUAUAAAUAAAUGGGGCUCAUAAACAAUUACCUGUA